ACGGCUGCAGAAGAGCCGCAGGCGACGUCCCCACCAGCUGGGUGCGAGUGGGGGGUGUCCACCCCGCGCCCCACCCCGCGCCCCAGGGAGCGGCUCGUCGUGGGCCCGGGGCGCAGCAUGCCCCCUGCUCCCGGGCCAUGGAGAUCGCGCCGGUGCCCCUGGAGAACGGCCGUGCCAUGACGGUCCGAGGAGCGGCGACGGCUGCAGCAGGUGAGCUGAGAGCCGGCGGGACCCAGGGCGCAGCGGGGGCGCUCCAGGCCCGGGCCGCGCCGGCGGGGCGCAGCGAGGGAGCGCACCAGGCCGAGCCCCGGGGGCGCGGGCCGCGCAGGGGCACGGACCCCGGCGGCCGCCCUCUGCCCCCGCUGCCCCGGGAGCGGCCGCCGCGCCUCCGGGAAGAAGAGAAGGAGGAGGAGGAGAAGGAGGAGGAGGAAGAGGAGGAGGCCGGCGGCUGCCUCGACCCGGGCACGACGGCGGAGGCGCUCGAGGACCCGGCACCGGUCGCGGGCUCCCUCUACCACCACCACCACCACCAGCACCACCACCACCACCACCACCAGCGGGUCCUCAUCAACAUCUCGGGGCUGCGCUUCGAGACGCAGCUGCGCACCCUGGCGCAGUUCCCCAACACGCUGCUGGGGGACCCCACGAAGCGCCUGCGCUACUUCGACCCGCUGCGCAACGAGUACUUCUUCGACCGCCACCGGCCCAGCUUCGACGGCAUCCUCUACUACUACCAGUCCGGGGGCCGGCUGCGGCGGCCCGUCAACGUGGCCCUGGACGUGUUCGUCGACGAGAUCCGCUUCUACCAGCUGGGGGACGAGGCGCUGGAGCGCUUCCGCGAGGACGAGGGCUUCAUCCCCGAGGAGGAGAAGCCAAUGCCGCGCCACGCCUUCCAGCGCCAGGUGUGGCUCAUCUUCGAGUACCCCGAGAGCUCGGGCUCGGCGCGGGCCGUCGCCAUCGUCUCGGUCCUGGUCAUCCUCAUCUCCAUCAUCACCUUCUGCCUGGAGACGCUGCCCGAGUUCCGGGACGAACGCGAGCUGCUCCGCCAGCCCGCGGCGGCGGCCCCGCAGCCCCCCGGCGGCGGCGGCGGCGCCGUCUGGGGAGGCAACGGCAGCAGCGGUGGGGGUCCCGGGGGCGCGCCGCCGCCGCUGUCCGGCCCGACGGUGGCCCCGCUCCUGCCUAGGACGCUGGCCGACCCCUUCUUCAUCGUGGAGACCACGUGCGUCGUCUGGUUCACCUUUGAGCUGCUCGUGCGCUUCUUCGCCUGCCCCAGCAAGGCCGAGUUCUCGCGCAACAUCAUGAACAUCAUCGACGUGGUGGCCAUCUUCCCCUACUUCAUCACCCUGGGCACCGAGCUGGCCGAGCGGCAGCCGGGGGGCGGCCAGAACGGGCAGCAGGCCAUGUCGCUGGCCAUCCUCAGGGUCAUCCGCCUGGUGCGCGUCUUCCGCAUCUUCAAGCUCUCGCGCCACUCCAAGGGGCUGCAGAUCCUGGGCAAGACGCUGCAGGCGUCCAUGCGCGAGCUGGGCCUGCUCAUCUUCUUCCUCUUCAUCGGCGUCAUCCUCUUCUCCAGCGCCGUCUACUUCGCCGAGGCCGACAACCAGGAGACCCAUUUCUCCAGCAUCCCCGACGCCUUCUGGUGGGCGGUGGUCACCAUGACCACGGUGGGCUACGGGGACAUGCGGCCCGUCACGGUCGGGGGCAAGAUCGUGGGCUCGCUGUGCGCCAUCGCGGGCGUCCUCACCAUCGCCCUGCCCGUGCCCGUCAUCGUGUCCAACUUCAACUACUUCUACCACCGCGAGACGGAGCAGGAGGAGCAAGCGGCGCUCAAGGAUGUGCCGGGAGGCCCCAACCCGGGCCCCGCGGUGGACGGCGGAGUGCAGCGCAAGGCCAGCAAGGGGUCUCUGGGCAAAGCCGGGGCGUCCCGAGAGAAUGCAGAAGGAGCUCGGCGGGGCAGCCGACCCUUGGAGAAGUGCACCCUCAAGGCCAAGAGCAACGUGGACUUUGGAAGGUCCCUGUAUGCCCUCUGCUUAGACACCAGCCGGGAAACGGAUUUGUAAAGGGGGAGAGGGGGUCCAGGUAGACCAGGACAGGGGGAGGGGUGGGGUUCACAGAGGCCUUCCGACCCUGACCCUGGGCAUCUACUUUAUACCGCAGAGUAUUCUGGCCCACCCGUGACCGAGGUUGGCACCCUCUCCCUGCCUCCCCCCUCCCCUCCAUCCCUCCCUAGAACCCCUAUCUCCCCUCUUCUUUUCCAUUACACCAAGGGUCGCCUAUUUUUAAAAAGUCCCACAUUCCAUGACGCAGGAGCUGUUGAAAUGGUGAGCGUUGGGAGAUGGAUACUUCUGUAGCCAAUUUCCUAUACCCAGCAGAGGGAUAACCCAAACAAAAAUGACUUUAAAUAGCCCAGAUCCCAAGAGAUGUUGUAACCCUUGGCCCUUAUCCGUGUAUCCCAAAUUUGCUUUACAUAUGGUUAUUUUUGUGUAUAGGGGAAAAUAUUAUUUUUCUGACCAGUGAGUGGAUUUUUUUUUUGUACUGGAGUUCAGAUGGAGAUAUUUUGGAUAUAUUCAAAGACAUAGGUUGUAUUUAGGAAAGAGUGAGUUAUCAGACUGUUUUCUCUUGCUACUUAUAUUGUAACCAGAGACUUGCAGCAUGGUCAUUCUGGUUUCUGUGUCUUCAAGCCUCUCUCUUUUCUGUUGUGGUAUAGAUGCUUUGCAUCUAGGACCGGGAAUGUUCUGGAAGAAAGGCAAGCCUGAUUUUUUUUUCUAUGCGCCUUAAACACUCCUUGUAACUUUCUUUGAAUAGCAUUUUGAUGAUGUUGGAAGAUGACUUCUCAUCAUUCAUUCCCUUCCUUUUUACCCUAGGAAAUAAAAUCUUACUUGGUU